UCUCGUAAAGGGAAGGGUUAUGACCAAGUUUUGUUUUUGAAAUUUGUUGAUGAGAAAAGUUGUUUGACUUUUCCUAUUAUGUUUUAUUCUAUUUUUGGAAAUUUUGGGCCCUUUUCUCAUUUCCCACCCACUCCUUUUAACCUUUUAUGCUUUUUAAAUCAAAAAUGGUAGCCUUUGAUAAAGUAAUGAAAAAAAAAAGAAAUAAGAAAGAAAAUUUUUUGAGAAGAACGUUUUUAAUAAAUUGCAAAAUAUAACGGUGAAUUAAAUUAGAAGCAUUUAUUGGGGAUACAGUUUAAGAAAAAUAUUUUUUGUUGGAAAAUAGGCAAACAAAUUCUUGUAAUCUUUGGAUUAUACAAUAUAUUAGUAUAUAGAUAUGUAUAUUUAAAGUUUGGAUUUUAUGCUUCGUUUUUCUCUUAAAAAUUUGUUUUGUAAUUGGCUUCAAUUCUUAGAGUUUUACGAUCAUGUUUCUAAUUGUUGGGCGGACAAAGGUGUUCAAAGCUGUUUUCAACGGUCUAACGAAUAUCAACUCAUUGAUUGUGCCAAAUAUUUUUUAGAUAAAGUUGAUGAAGUUAGAAAGUUAGAAUAUAAUCCCUCUGAACAAGAUAUUCUUCGUUGUCGUGUUAUGACUUCUGGAAUAUUUGAAACAAAAUUUGAAGUUGAUAAAGUGCGCUUUCAUAUGUUUGAUGUUGGCGGCCAAAGAGAUGAACGUCGAAAAUGGAUUCAAUGUUUUAAUGAUGUAACUGCAAUUAUUUUUGUAUGCGCAUCCUCUUCUUAUAAUUUGGUGCUCUUGGAGGAUAGUACACAAAAUCGAUUGAGGGAAUCUUUAGCCCUUUUUAAAAAUAUUUGGAACAAUCGGUGGCUAAAAAGUAUUUCUGUUAUUCUUUUCCUCAAUAAACAAGAUAUGCUUGCUGAGAAAAUCAAAGAGGGCCGGCAUAAAUUGGAAACUUAUUUUCCUGACUUUGCUAAUUAUCAACUGCCAAUGGAUGAGAGAAUGCCUUCUGAUGAAGAUUCUAAUGUGUACAGGGCUAAAUGCUACAUUCGAGGAGAAUUUUUAGUGAGUUUAUUUUUUUAUAAAUUAAGGGGGGAUGUUACUUUAAAAGGGGAAAUUGAUCCCAAAAUUAAAUUCAAAUUAGGAUUGAUUAACUAA